UUUUCAUGAGCAUUAUUUUCAUUUCUGUAAGCAGACAUGACCCCUGUAUAAAGCGCUUACUAUAGGAAGUACAUCUACAUAUCGGUGCCAUGUUUAGGCAAUCGUUUUGGCUAUAUUCAUAAAGCAGGAGGAAGAAUAAUUCAGGAGAUAGCUAUCAGUGGAUAUCAUCAUCAUGUGUGGCAUUAAAUAAGGUUUGCUAUGUCUGUGCGUCUAUUUCAGUGCAGCUCUUAAAAUCUCUCCGAUCCUGAGCAAGGCAUGGAGACGGAUAUAUGGGAUACUGUAGUUCAAUGAGAGAUGGGCAGGAAAAUCCAGUACAUCGGCCGCUAUGUGAUGGAAGGACAGACGCUAGGGAAAGGCAACUUUGCCAAAGUAGAGCUUGCUACGCAUGGUAUAUCAAAAUGUAAGGUUGCUAUCAAAAUAAUAGACACUCGCAAAAUCAAGGAGGACUAUACUCGGCAGAAUUUGUAUCGUGAAGCCAGGAUCCUUGCUCAAAUCCGUCAUCCGAACAUAAUACGGCUUUACGAGACAUUGAAGGCCACCACCUUGUAUUGCUUAGUAACAGAGUAUGCCGCUGGCGGUGAACUUCUGGCUUAUCUGAAAACGUACAAGGAUCAGCGUCUGUCCGAAAAUCAAGCACGCCCAUUUGUGCGCCAGCUUAUUUCUGCCCUUCACUAUCUUCAUGAACGGGGAGUUGUCCACCGGGACCUGAAGAUGGAAAACAUCAUGUUGGAUGAAAAGAAGAAAAAUAUCAAAUUAGUUGAUUUCGGCCUGAGCAACACGUUUUCGAAAGAAGAGUUACUAAAGACACACUGCGGCUCACCAGAGUAUGCAGCCCCAGAGCUCUUCACGUCAGGGAAAGAGUAUGGCUCAGAAAUUGAUAUUUGGAGUCUUGGUGUGAUUAUGUAUGCACUAGUUGUCGGCAAGCUUCCAUUCACCACCCCCUACACCGAUCAGUAUCGACGGCAGAAACUCCUCCAGCAGAUCCAGAAAGGUCUAAUACAGAAACAUGACCGGGAAAUGUCGUUACUUUCUACGGACUGUCGUAACCUACUCCGUCAGCUCAUUGAACCCAAUCCUGAACUCCGUCUCCCUCUGCUUGAGAUCGAGGCCCACCCCUGGGUCACCAAGAACGGCAAAUGCACCUUCCAGCCUUAUCUUUCCCCUCCCAAAGACAAGCAGGCUAGAGCUCAGAUCGUCGAUGAAUUGGCCACAUUGUUGGGAUUGGAACGGAAGCAUGUCGACAAAACGGUCCAUGAAUACCGGUCAGACGAACUUUCGGCGAUGUAUAAUAUGCUUAUGGAUGAAAGGAAACGAGUGCAGGGUGUGUUUGAUGUGGACCACACAUUGCGACCACGGAGAGUUGCUGAAAAAGAACCCCAGCCAAGCAGAUCACCGCAUUCGAAAGCUGCACACGCAGCUAAGAAAACUGUGAAGCAAUCCCCUAAAAAUAGAACUCAAGUAACGAACCCUGAACCUAGUGCCAAAUCCAGAACGGAGAGUAAAAACUCUGGAGUCGCUGUUGACGUGUUAAAAAGUGAUAUGCCGCAACCAAUUCUGUUAUCUCAGGAAUACAGUGUGAAUAACUUGAAGGCUGGCGGGAAAAGUAGAAAAGACAAUAACCCGGUGGGCGGGAAUAGGACGACGGUGGAGGCUCAGGUGACCGUCGCACAGGUGAAGGCGAUUCUUGAGAAGGAGGGGGUACUCAACAGUGAUAGUUCACAACAAUUUCAUAGUGACAAUUCUCAGGAGAAACUGUCAGAAGCCACCUCUUCACCAGCCCAAACCAACCCAGCACUCGCGUCGUCUCUACCUCCCACAAGUGAUAAUAAGAAACUCAAGCGUCCACAAAGACUUAGCGUGAAUCUGGAACUCACCGUCUUGAGGAAUCAAGCACAGUCAUCAUGGUCUUCCUACGCCCAACAACCACCUUCAUAUCUUGAAACUUCCCUUGCAUUCGCAGCUACAAAUCGACCACGGGUUGCCAGCCCAAGCAAGAUUCCUGCGCCCAGUCCACUGCGGGAGAAGACUAUCAAUUACAUCGCCUACAGACCUAUGUACCAUACUUCCACCCUGGAGAACCGGCGACCUCCCAAGGCGACUCCCCAGCGCUUACAUAACUCAAAGAUCCCCUCCCCCAUUAACCCUGUACAGUCUCCCCAGUCUCAGUAUAACAACUAUACGCUAAGGACUUCCAGGUUAUUAGAAUUGGCUCGAGCUCGUGGUGCUAUUCCAAAGAAUUUGGACUUCAUGAAUGCACCGCGGGCUAUGCCGGAAGACAGUUCGAGCUCUUCAGACCCUAACUUAGAGGAUUAUACUAUGCAACAACAAUCAUCUAUGCCAGAUGUACGUGUAGCGGGUGAUACGAAUAAACGUGUUAAAGAAAUAUCAGACGCUGAGCCUAGUACCUCGGCAACACAUUUGAAAUCUAGUGAAUAUAUUCUGAAUUCGGAUGUGGAUACUAGCGAGCACGAAACAACAGACUCCAGACCUAAAAAAUUAGUGAAUAAGUACGAAAGUCUUGAGCCUGGCUACAUGGAAAGUAGCAGUGAUAUGUCUCAGCAGGGCUCAGGAGUGUUCAGCAGUUCUGCGUCGAAAUCGCGCAGUGGAUUAUUCAAACCAGUAUCUGGUAUUCUUUCGGCGUUGUACAGCAAGCUGGAUAGCUCAUCGCACAGCCGUCUUAGUGGGAGCGAGGACGGUGCCACAAGUAACAAUUCAUCGACGUCAAAAUUAGUUGAACAAAAUCCGAAUGCAACACCGAGCAAACAGAAAAAGAAAUUUUUGCUCCACCUGAAUCGGAAGGCGCACAAGACGAGCACACCUAAGCAUAAUAGUGGGAAAAGCAGUUCCAAACGUGCAUCACCUCAUUCACCUCAUGGGAAUACCCAUUGGUUACCUAAACCCGAGUCGCCACGGUUACCUAUGCAAAUGCCCAUAGCAACCAUAGAAAGCUUCACGGACGACGAAGACGAUGAGUUUCUGAGUAACAAACCGUUGAUUCAGACAGCGCAGUUGCCGUCGCCAACCACGCAGAUUCCUCGGCCACAGAGAAGAAGCAGUGGCAAACGGUCACAGAGCUUGGCCGAAGGGGAUUCGUCACCGACGGCCAAGGCGUGGUUUCCAAGGAACGGAAUAUUCACCCCAGUGCCAGACAACUCAUUGAGGUGCGAGUUACUAAACGUCGGCUCCUCUGACUCGUUGACGCAUGAAUCUUCUGUGAGUAGUCUUCGCCAGGAUGGCAGCAUGGAUAAACUGGUGUCAGGAGGCAGUGGCUCAAAGGUGCAUCCUGUUAAUAUUGCCAAAGAUGAUGAACAGCCCUCAUCGGCGCCGAACCUUAACACAAAUCCUUCCACGAAAAAUGGACAGUCCCGAAUACCGCGGCCUUCCUCGGGAAAUGUUGCCAUCGCAAACACGCAUAGUUUUACUGCAAUUCCAAUUGGUCCAGAGGGGAGCAAUGGUUUGAGGUCUCCUCAAAAACAGAAGAAGGAGCCCCCGCCUAAACUACAACUCAAAGACUUUGACAAGGAGGCGAAGCAGUCGUCUUGGAAAACGGGGCUUUCACAUCUGCUGCGGAGGACGAAGCAGAGUAGCAUGAACAACAACGUGGUGACUAAGCAGAACGCGUCGUCUUCGCACAACAAACUUGUCAAAUCGCGGCCAAAGUUGGGCAAAGUUCGAAAAGAGUGGAAUAACGAUAUGGACGCCAAGUGGACGACGCCUCCCGCUUCAUCAACGUCAUGUGUGAAUAGUAACAGUAAAUUCAGUUCAAUCCGAGUGACUCCUUCCCCAGUGCCAUGCAACUCACCCACGCCAAACGCACAGGUGUUUGACUUCAGUAACACGUGCUGUGAUACGCCAAACAGCCCGCAUAAAAAGAGUAAGAAGUCGGUAUGGCCUGGCUGUAAGGAGUGCGCCACCAGGAGCGAUCAGUCAUCGGAUGAGGGCCUGGACUCGGCGUACAUGCUGGAGACCAAUGUCAAUGAGACGAUUCACAUGUCCGUGAACAUCACAAACAUCAAUGAUGCACGCCAUUACGCCAUUCAAAAGUGCACGAAAACAUAGCAUCGGGCGCCUAUCGGUCAGGUCAAACAUAGCAUCGGGCGCAUAUCGGGUCGGAAUCAACAAAGCAUCGGGCCGGAAUCCCCAAAAAUGGAUUGUGCUGCAAGGUGGUCAAAUUGGACGAGAAUUACAUUGGGAGGAAAAGCACUUAUUCUAAGCGGAUAGCAUUGCGGCCGACUUAAAACAUAUAGGGCGCAAAUGAGGCGAAACUCGCCCCAUUUGUGGUUCUUUCGAGAUCGUGUGAUACGGUGCGGCUGCAUGUAGAGGUGCCCAAGGACGCCAAAGUUAAAUUAAUCGUUUCCGUGUCUAGAAUUUUAUAUGGACCAUUUUUUGAUUUCUUCAGAAUAUACGGACCAUUCUAUGGAGGACAGCCAUUUUAAAUUUGUCAAUGCGUGGAAAGUAUCAAUCGACAUCUGAAGAUUUCAUGAACAUUAUUUUAUCGAUGUACUUGUACUUCUUCAAAUUUAUCAUUGCAUCAUAAGAAAUGUUCAUCGCGGUCAUACAAACUUCAUUGUACUUAGUUAGGUACUGCAAAGCUGUACAUGAGAACUUCAAAUCCUAUAUUUAAAUUUUGACAAUGCAAGACGUUGGUUGUAUAUAGACGUUUUUAUACUCGUAUGAAAAUCUCUGCAAAUUUUUAUCAGGGCUCCAGUUCCACUAUAGUCUUGUAAAGAUUGGCAACGCUGACAAAGUGAUGCAAAUCCUGUGGCUAGUUAAAUGCAUUAUUGUAGUGUAUAUAUAUCACUGUAUGUUUGUCUUCUGUCUUAACUUUGACUCGCAUUUUAUCUGCAUGGUUUAAGGUGAAUGCUGAUUUCACAAUUUGAAACUUGCGUUUUGAUGGUAAACGAUUGGCUGAUUUUGUUAUUGGCUGUUUAAUUGUGAUUGAGUGAUCCAGUUAUAUGGCCGUUUUUCAAAUGAGGGGACUGUAAAUUUACAAGCCUAUUUAUCUAUUAUUGCUGUUCACCACAAUUCUUUACAGUUUUUUGUUCUGACAGAUUAAGAAUUGUCUUUUUGAAAUGAAAUUCUGGUGAAAUCUGCAAAAAUGGAACGCUUUUAAUGCAUCGCUUUGAUUAUAACGUAAUUAGGCCAAACAAUUUAAGUGGAAUGUAGACAUUUGUUUUUGAUGUGUAUAUUUAGAGGAAAUGAUUUGGGUGGUCAGAAGACAGGAAAAUUUUCUUGAAAAUCGUCAAGAUAGUCAUUUCUUUCAUUAGGAAAUAAACGAUUUACAAAACUUGUGGCAUUGAGCUGUACAAAAUUUUCAUAGUUUACGCAAUCCACCUGUAUGACUGUAGUUCUUGCUGAUCAGACCAAUAUCCUUCUAGCCAAUCAGACUUAAGAGAUCACUACCCAUGUGACUGGAUCAAGCCAGUCGAUCACCAACAGCCACGAACAUCAACAACUAAUCAGAUGCAGAAUACAUUUGGGACAAGUUCUUGUCUUAUCGGCCAUCAACUUAACACAUCCCUUGCGAAAGACUGGCUGGUUUAAUUUGGAGUCUAGUUGCAUCCAUUCCUUCAACAAUCCCUUUCGAAAAUGGCGAAUGAGUACAUCAGACAUAAAAAGCCAUAGUUUAUACCAGCGAAUAAGUUCAUUUUGUUCAUUAAACGCUUUGCUUUUAUUGAUUCCAAUGCUUUUUUUCACCAAGAACGUUUCAUAAGUAAAAGAAGUUAUUUGAAAUGCCCAUCAUAGCUUUCGCAAACUUCAGAGGACACUGCCAGCCUUUGAUUCUUCUUGAGUUCUCGGCAUGGAACUGGCUUAGAAAGCAGCGGUAAUUUUUUUAAAAAAUAGGGAAUUUUUGAUGGUAAAAAAUAUCAUUUCUGCUGUUUCGACACUUAUUGUGCUGUUCUUUAUGCUGGUAAAACAUUUGUUUUGUCAACAACUAGAAACUGUUAAUAAACAUGCAUGGCCCUGUAAACCUCACUGUAAACAUGGCCCUGUAAAUGACACUGAACAGGCCUUGUAAAUGAAACUGUGAGCAGGAGAUACCUGUUGAUCCGUGACCUCUGAACCAGAUGCCAAAACAUUGAUAUAGAGGACCUGUUGAUGAUGACGUCAUCACUAAACAGAUGCCAUUUUGGACAUUGAAUUUGCAUCAUUGAAUGAUGUGGCCUACUUUGUCCUCUGCGCAGUGCAAAGUGUGGUGACGUCAAUCAUUUACAAUAGUGAUGUCAGCAGGGUCAAGGUCAUGAAUUGACAUUCCUAAAGGAUGCUCAAAUGACGUCACUAAAAACCCUCUAUUGAAAUUUUUGUAAGUUACUGAAUAUUUCACUGUUUUGGAAAUGAACUCUUCCUGUGAUAUGUGCCAUGAAUGAAUACUGUAAUUUAUAUUAAUGAAUCAGCAUAAUAUUUUGAAUAGAUUAUCGUUCAAGGUUAGUUUGAUAAAUCAUUGGCCCAGAUAUAAUUAAAAAGUGGGGUGGGGUGGACGAGUAUUUAGACAACACGGAUUUUCCAUCGAUAGAUGCCAACCAAAUCGUCACUAAUGUUCAGGGUUCUAAUAAAUGUUGCUCGAAGUUUUUGGUAAACUCAGUAUCUGAGCUGUGAAAUGUUGGUGAAGCUAAAAGUUAAUAUACACAACUUAUCAGUGGAAAUUUUUUCAACACUUGGUUUUACAGUGCAAAAUCUUGAAAAAGGACGCACACGAAAAUUUCAAGGUCAACAGUAGAUGAUUUACUUAACUGUCAAUUGUGUUCAUACUGACGCCAGAAUCAAGACCCGCAAUGCUGCAUGGAUGACAGAUGAUUUUCCUCAGUCGAUUAACAAUCACUAAUGGUUAAGGUUUUCUUAUUUUAUUCUUUCAAGUUAUGCAUAUUUAAAACUGGCAAACCUACGAGUUAUCAAGUUUCAUUGAGCCAUUGCAUAUCUUCAUUUGUACUGUGCCAAUAAUUGUGAACGGUACAAAUUAAUGUUAUUUUUACAAAUCUGUUGUCGUGUAGACAUUAGCUGUGAUACAUUUGGAAAGAAGGGUCUGAUGCACGUUAAGUUGAGCAGCACUCACUUGUACAUUUGUACAUGAUAAUUCACAAAAUGUACAGCCAUUUAUCUCAACUUGAGGUCUCUUGGGCUUGGCUCGAAUUCACCUUGAGUUGAGUUGUGCAUACAUGUACAUUUGUACAUGAUAAUUCACAAAAUGUACAGCCAUAUCUCUCAACUUGAGGUCUCUUGGGCUCGGCUCGAAUUCACCUUGAGUUGAGUUGUGCAUACCUGUACAUUUGUACAUGAUAAUUCACAAAAUGUACAGCCAUCUCUCUCAACUUAAGGUCUCUUUGGCUCGACGUUGAUUUCUGCAUACCUGUACAUUUGUACAUGAAAAUUCAUAGAAUGUACAGUCCAAGCGGUCUAACUUAAGGUGGCAUAGUCUAUGUUCGCUUUAUUAACAUGCUCUGCUGAGUUUGUGUCGAUGAUUCUGCUCAAUGCCUGGUAAUACCUUGAAGGAGAUCCAACUUGCUGCAGUUUUAAACUGCGAGUAAAAGAAUCCAGGUCUUGUCGGCAACAUGAUAACGCCAUGUACAUUCCUUGAGGGCUGUAAUAGGAGGCCUGUGCUUACCUUGCAGCCUUUGGACAUGCUGAAUGAGACAAUUCUAAAGGUGUGAAUAAUUUUCAAUAAAAACAGGGUACUUAACUAAAUUAUUCAUCGGAGAUUUUAUAAGCGAGUUGGAUCUUCUUCUUGGUGCUACGGUCAACCAUUUAUGAUUAUGUCUUUUCCGUCUCUGUGUUACUUUCAGGAUUUUAAUCUUUGUGUCAUUUAUCCGUCGUAUUGGUGUUUAUUUUACGAAUACUUUCGUCACAAAAAUGGACAAUUGAUCAUUCAUGUUUCCAACAUCUUGUGAAAUUCACCCAGUUCUCGGAUCAAAAUCUAAACCUCUCUAUUGACAAUGGCCACUGAGUGUUCUAGCUCGGUUUGAUUCUGAAAUCUUUGGUAACAUUCAGACCUCAGACAAAUUAUUGAUAUUAUUAGUCAAAUUGUGUGAAAAUAGUUUGUAACACUACUCAUAUAGGGGUUUUUCACCUUCAGAAAAAGAUCUGGAAUGUACGGUCACAGUAAAUGGUUCGUCAGUGACAGCGGCAGUAUUUUGACAUAAAUUAUAGUCUAGCUUUUGGCCUGAUGAUGUGAUCAGACUGAUAAAAGUUAUAAACGCCAACUAAAUAUCAAUUGUCCCUAUUUUGUGGACAUCACAGGUACGAAUUCAAUCUCUCCCAUUAAUAUUUCACGACUCAUGCAGCGAAAACCUCAAGUCAGUAAAGUAAAGUCAGAAUAGAGAUUCUUCAAUCAAUGACGGAGUAUUUGAAUGUUAGGGAACUGACCUCCAAAUUUGCUGUUAACACAAAAAGCUUCAAGCGAUAUACAUCCAAAUCUCCAUUAACCUAAGUGCAGUUGGCAUUUCUGUGCAACGCACUGUACACUUCCGUGAAUGUUUAUCGUCAGACAUCAAAGGCUAAUGUUCCAGAAAUGGUAAGACUUGUGUUUUGAAAUCAGUAUUAUCAUUCCAUUGGGCUAGUUACUUAUCAUCUGCACUCACACACAUUUUUCAUAUUCUUCGAUGUUAGAAUAUUUUGUCAUCGACUAUUGAUUAGAUGUCUAAUUGGUACGUUUUUUGCAAAAUUGUCACAAAAUUGCUGCGACGUGAUUGGUCCAUGCAUCGUAAAUAAUCAAGCCUCUGUUAAAGGCUCACUGUAUAAGCCUCUGUUAAAGGCCCACUGUACCAAAUCCCAACUUAAUGCCAAUGUGCCAAAUGUAUGCAUUAAUGCAUGCGAGUUCAGCUCAUGAGGAUAGAGUGAUAUCAAGAAUUGAUAAAGACCAAGUUUUUCUUGAUAGAUUGGUACCUAAUUGCCUCACAGAUGGCAGCACGACAAAAUGAGAUUAUCAGUCAUGUCUGCCACGUCUGACAUGGACGUGCUUGGCACAAUGUGGACGUCAUGCGUUCAUGAAGAAUUCUCUUGGCCAAUUGGCGCUUGCUACUGUGACAUGUGACAUGCAAGAUUUGACCUCCCAUCCGAGAGGUGGAUGAAAACAAAUUCGCAUUUUGACAUUUAUGUACGAAAUGGCAGGCAUGACUGAUCAUCUCAUUUGUCCUCAGUGGUGCCAUCUAGAUAAUCAGAAAUUAUUCAGUAAAUUGAUGUCGAGACUAUACCUGUAUGUGACAUAGAUUGAGGUUGAAUAGGGAUAUCCUUUAAGUGUGAAUUAUAUACAGUGGGCCUAGUGUGAGACGAGGGUGCAGUUCUUGUGAAUACAUCCAACGAUGUGUAUGUAGUAGUCUGUAUGACCAUUUGAAAAGAACAACAAGCAAUGAGAUACACUGUUUAUUGAAAUUCAUAAGUGCCUGAUUAGGGAAACUGGGGUAGAGGUUGGGAUAAGGUCGCGUGAAAUGAAUUGACGAGAAAACUACUUAAAAGGAAAUUGGUUACUGAUAAAAACCUUCAGAUUUUAACUUGAAUAUUACUUUGGGAUGAAAACUCUAUUAUUUAGUGUGCUUUCAAAUGAGUUUUUGGUUUUAUUUGCGGUGCUUCUGUUCUGUGCCAUAAUUGUGUUUUAAGCCAGAUGUACGGGAGAAGUGUGUUACAUGUCAUAAGCAACCUAGUGAUUCUCGGCCAAACCGAGCAUAUUUGUGUCUGUGAAAAGCAAAAAAGGGUUUGUGUUGUUAUAAAUCUUCUAAAUUGAGCACAUUUAAAGGGGGGGAGGGAAAACACCAAGGCUGGUCAAUUCAGAAGUUGUAGAUUUACAAAUUUAGAUGUGUUUUAACGUCAUUUUCAGCUUUAUACUUAAUCUACUUCAUGUGCCAGACGACCACACAGCCUGCACACGGGAAAAUUUUCCAUUCCUCAAAUGCACUGGACACAUUUUCUUUCAAACAGCAAAUAUUUCAAACACUCUCCAAUUUUUGCAAGCUAGCCACUGCGCACCACUUCUACUGUUUCAUAUUAAAAUGAGUAAGAGUUGUAACAUUUCAGCUGCUUUUUGCGGUUUUUUCGUUAAUUCGGCCAUCUUGAUUAAGAUGGCCUAUUAUGGAAAUGGUCGGUACCAGCUUAUGGGUUGCUUGCAAAAAAAAUUAUUUGCGAAAAAAAGCUUAACUCUCGUAUGGUAAAGGGACGAGUAUAAAAUAUUGAAGUUCAUCAAGUUGUAUUAUUGCAGCAAUUGUGUCGAGUCAUAUGUGCAUGCAUUAAUUGGUAAUGAGAAAGUCCUCGUCAAAAUCUGUGUCACACAUGUCAAUAUUUGUCCGUUCAGAAAAAAUUGGGGUGUUUUAGAAAUUAGGACACUGUAAACUGAACUCCUCACAGAGAUAAUGUGAUGCCUACCUAAAUAAUUUGGGGGAAAAAUAACAAUCUGUCGAUUCCAUCCGAUAGAUCUGCAUCUGAUUUUAAAACCUCGGCAGUCGUAGACAUCUUUCUAUGGGUUGGCUUCUGUAGAGUCCUAUUAAUAUCUGCAUGUGAUUUAAUACUUUAGCAGUCAGCAUGAUCUUUCUACGAGUUGCCUCCCAUAGAUUGUUAUAGUGUCUUAGGUCAACUGUAAUAGUGCCCAUUAACCGAACCUUUCCAUAGACCCUAAGUAAGGGAUUUCGUAGAGGUGAAGAAUGAAAUUGCUCUGGUAAAGAUAAAUCCAAAACCUCAUCAGGUUACCUGCCUGCUACAAGUUUGAUGAGGUAAAAUUGGAUUUAACUUUUUCGAGUAUUUUUUUGUGAUGAUGAUGGCCAUCAGUCAAUUUGCUGAUUCUAAUUGCAUAAUAUAUUGGCCAUCGUUUCGAGAAAAAUGAUUUCGAGAAUUCGGAUUCUUCACUUAGAGAAAGAUUCGGAUGUCAUGAAAGUUGCAUUUCGCCACAAAAACCAAGGUCAGGUGGCAUUCCUAGUUUGCCAAAUAGUUGUCUUUGAGAGAUUAUUUGCAAGAAAAUCUCUGAAAAGGGUGCAAAGAAUACUGUCUGCUUCGGCCCAAAACCUGUCUUGGGCUGUGGUGGCAACAUUUCUAUCAUCCUAUAACAAAACUGUUGUAAAAACCCUAAAGGUCAGUCUGUAGGUUAUGCAGCAUACCUUAUGCUCAAUAGACUCCGGAGAUAUAAAAACAUUCAAACUUUUCUCGUCAAGUGAAAUGAAUCUUGGCUUUUGAAGAGAAGUGCAUCUUUCUGACAAGUUUUAAGAAUUCUUCACAUAUAUCUCUGCUUUGCCUAUCUAAGUGCAGUAAUCCAUCUCCAUAGUUCCUCUAUCCAAUGCAACGGUUUUUUUUCAAAAUCCUGAUGUCCAGUAGUUUCUACAGCUUAUCUUUAACAAUCUCAAAUGCCAUCUCAAUCAAGCCUCACACUUGCAACAUAAUUCCUUUUGUUAAAAUUCGCAUCAUAAUUUCCUCAUUCCUAACAGCUAGAGCAUUUUUUCCUCGUAGAUUUUCAGUUUUAUCACCUGGUCCCAUGGGGAUGGUUGACAAAACAUUUACCCUGUAGUCUUUCCAUGUCAGGCAAAGUUAUUACGAAUCAGAUAAUUCAUAGUUUUUUGCUGAAACAGCAUAAAGCUGUAAAAUGGAAACAUGCAGAUCAUGGAAAAAAGAUUUCUUCAGAAUAAUCUCCCUGGCAGUCUGUUGGCAUCACUAUCCUUGCAAUCAAUUAAACAAUGGGAAUUAAAAAAUAAUCCCCUUUUUUAAUUUAAUCCGUAUCACCUUAAUCUGAUCUUGCAGUGGCAAGGUUUUCAUGGUGGUCUGAACUUUUUCCCAAGUAUUGUGUUUCCUUCCCUGUGUCCUUUUGUCUGUUUGUUUAAAAAACAAAUGCAACAAAAAGAAAAAAAGUCCAGUCAUUUUCGAUAAUUACGUGCGUUAUCAGAAAAUCGCUGGUAGCGUAUGCGAAAUUUAUUGAUUGAUUUAAAAGUGUCUUCAGGACCAUAUCAUCUAUGUGAAUUUAUACCAAUGUCAUGUAAAAUGGUUUUAUCACUUUUCAUUCUGGUUUUCGACCUGUCGUAGCUCAGUGUGCAAUUGCACAUCGGUAGUUUGUGCUGCAGAAUUUUUGGGGGUGUUGGUUUUCUUUUUCGAUCAAAAUCUUGUUCAUGUUUGCGUGUGUCGAGGAUGGUUUGCAGUCAUUUUGAACGUACCAGUACCUGUUUUGGUCUCUUGGUGGAUACGACAUCGCUUUUACGUCUUUUUUGGUCGAGUUACUGCCAUAAAGUCACCAGCAAUCACAAACUUGACAAAAAAGUUUCUUGAGAUGAUCACCAGCGACGAAUGACUGAAGAGUCUAUUCAUCACGUUCAUUCAGAAAAAUUGAAUGUGAAGGAUUUCAUAGGAAGUCCUGUCAUUGUUUCAAAGCUUCACCAAGAGACGUUUGUUUUCUGGCAACUGGUACCAAGUGCGACCCCCUCCUCGUCACUGUCCAUUUUCUGGGUUAAGGUUUCAACUUCAUAUCAAGGUAUGCUCAAGGUGUCAUAGAUGAAUGACGUGUUCUCUGAUGUGUGUGGUGCGUCGCCUGGCCGAGGUAACUUAAGUUGUGAUAUUUUCAACUUGGGCGAACUAAGAAAAUUUAUCCAGUAUUGUUUUCAUUAUAGAAUGAAUAUUUGCAUUUCUAAAUAUUAGAGGUAUGGUGGUCUGUACAUAUUAUGCCAAACUGAUGUGUUAAUUAAAUUUUCUGUGAAAUAUCAUAUAAGCUAGCAUUCCUGGCCUAAUGUUAUUUUGUAUAUAUUAUGCUUCGUGGUGGAAGGAUGAAUAUGGCUCCACCGGUUACUAUGGUUACCAAGGAUACAGUGCCAAUUUGUACUGUGAAUAAUGUACAUAAAAUUCCAGAUUGCAAUGGAGCAUAACCUUGUAUCUAGGCACUGAAUUCAAUACUGUCUAGUAUGUUUAAGAUAGGGUUAUAGUGUCUUGGCGGUGAGGUUAUGUUGCAUAUUCAUCUGGGAAAUUCUGUGAGAGAGGUCUUAAAACUUCCUGAUGUGUUCAAAAUGUCAGUUUUGGAUUCUUAGGUAGAUUUUUACUCUGUAAUUCUUCAAUGUUGCAACCAGAAUUCAGCACUAGUGUCUUUUUUCCCAAAAUAGAGAUAGUUGAAUAACUGUCGGAUUCUUGCCGUUUGACCCCUGUGGAAAAGGAAAUGGUAAAAAAAGUGUGCUUCUGGAGGUUUAGACAUUUUUCAUGUUGUUCUCAUUUCAAAAGUUUUUCUAUGAAUUUUAUCAACCCACCUCAAAUAAAUCGAUAUAUUCUGUCCUAUGCGUUUUUCCCAUAAAGUCAUCAUUUUCUAGAGAGCUUGUGGAUUAAAACGGUGGAAAGGUUAUAAAGAUUAGUGUGAGAUAGGUUUAAUUAAAUUCUUUAAAAAACUGUUGACAUGAGAGUGAUAUGAAAAGCACACUUUAAUGACGUAUGGUACAGGUAUUGUACCAGCUCGAGGCAGAAUUAAUUAAUGUUAUGGAAACCAGAGGGGGUUAAUGUUGGUGUUUCCGUGCACCAUUUUUACUAAAUGUUACUCUAAUGUAUUUGUUUCUUCUCUUGAAUCUUACGACAAAAAAUAUCAUCUGAGAAAUUUUUCAAUUCUUUCUGUUCUCCUUGUGCUAAUCAAUGAUAAUUAAAUAGUUACAGUUGUUAAUUAGAAAACCUAAUGAGGAAAUCAUUGCUGUGUGCAGUAUCAUCAGACAGCCUCCCUCGGAUUUUUCAUACACUUUUAUCACAGAUAUCAAGGAUGCUUUAGGAUUACUGAUCUGUCCUUGUGCAUAUUGAUGUUUAUUGGGCAUCCCGUUGGUGGACCGAAUGAUUAUUCCUGGCGAUGUACAAUAACACCCCUGUACAAAACCUUGCUUAUUCUUGGCUUAAAAAAAUUCCUCGGAUAGUUUUUAUUUCUCAGCCAACACAUUAGAAAGGUAUCAGAGAUGAAAUACCACGUAAUUGCUCUUGGUUUUUUUUCUCUAUAUUUUGAAGGUUUUAUUUUUAUUCGGUUCUGUUACAACUCUUGUUUAUUCCAAUAAAAUUUAAACAAGAUAUA